AUGGGUGCUCAGCACGAGGAGUGUCAAUAUCCACUUGAAAGUAAUACUCAUUUCAAUAUGCAAGCAGAGGCUGCUAUACCCGAGGAUAUUUUGGACCAACAACAUAUAGAAGAUGUCGAUGCUUUUGAUGCAGAAGAUAGUAUGCAAUAUGUUGGUGAAAGCGAUGUAGAUGGUUAUGCGGCUAUUGAACCAGAAGCUGAUAUUAUUCUUGCAGCGCAAAAGUUCAGCACUUCAGAAAGUAAUCGAGAAGAAGAAGAGGAAUAUCUAAAGCAAAAUAACAAUGACAGCGGCGACAAUAACAAACGCAAUAACAACAAAAUCGUGCAUCUGAAGAAAAGUGUGGGAAAGCGAAACAACAAAUUGAAAAGCGAUGCAGACAAUAGUGAUAACAACAACAAUAAAUAUGACAGUGACAAUGGCAACGCAGCUGUCUACAACGAUCAAAUGGACGAACUGGAUGGGUUGGACGUUUCGGAUGAGGAGCCAUUGGCAUUGCCUAGCACGCAUGAAGCGAAAAGUUUUCGUUUGACGAAAGAUCCAAAAGAACAGCAAAAUGAGGGUUUAAUAGCAGAAGACGAAGACAGUGAUGAGAAAGGGGUCAGGGACGUGACUGGACAACAUGUGCAACUUAUGGAAAAUUUAGUUGCGGAAAAAUUUAAUAAAGCGUCGGUACAAACAAUACAUAACGAGAAAAAAGCGAAAGAUACACACUAUAGCUACGGGAAGAACAAUAAUAACAGCAGGAGCAACAUGAACAAUAGCCACGACGAUGGUGAUGAUGAUGCUGCUGACGUGCAAGAUGAAAACAAUAAAAACAGCGUCAUAAAUACAAGCAACAAUAUAAGUAAACAAGUAAACAAUAAAUCAGAAAUGGAGUACACCGACGGUAAUCAACUGGAGGAAAUAGCGAUCGGCGAUAUCGAGGACAAAUUUCGUAACGAAGAUGAAGAUGCAUUACAGCAACAGCAACAGCUCGAGCAGGAACAUAAAAAUGCGGCAAGUCACGGAGGGAGACGUGGCGGAAGUGAACAGGUAGCACUAGCUGGCCUCAUGGAAAAAAAUGAUGAUGAAGAUGUGGAGCAAAGUGAAAAAUUUGUAGCUAAGAAAAUCAAACGACAUGAAAGAGCAGACAUUGCGAGCCAUGAUGAAAGUAAAAAUAAUAAAAAUCUCAACAGUGAUAACAACAGCAACAACCACAACAAGCACACGUACAAACGCCAUCACUAUGGGGAGCCGCACAAGGAGAAUGAACAGUAUGGCAACACGUUCGCACAUAAGCCAGUAGCCGAGAAAGUUGCUAUGCCGAAAAAUCAACAACAUGAACAACAACAGCAACAAGAUGAAGGAAUAGAAGAAAAGCUUGAAGUUGCUGACAGCAAUGGCAGCAGCGAUGAAAAGGGGCCACAAACCGAUUACUCAAUAACCUAUUUUGGCAUUUUAACAAACAGCUCGCAGAGACGCGAAGAAGAAGAAGAGAAAGAUUAUGUUAGGGAGCUGCCACUGAACGCCUCCGAAUAUUCAGCCAAAACAACAAACAUUGUUGCGAAAAUUGCCAACAGCGAUGAUGCGGCUAAACUAGAAGUUGUGCAUGCAACAAGAAAUCAACAACAGCAGCAACAGUACGAGCAGCAACACCAGCUAACGGACGAAACGCCUGACGCUGGUGAAUCCUAUGCCACCCAUAUGUCAGCAUUUGAACACUACAAGGCACAACGCCGCAAUAGUCGGCGCUACGGACAUAAAAUGUACAAGAAGAAAUACAAAGAUUACCUGAGCUAUGCAACAAUGUCCUCGUUGACAGCUGGAGCGAUGGGAAUAGCAAUUGAGGCCACAACAACAGCGGUGCCUGAAAUAUCAACAGCGUUGUCGGCUCAGGCAAAUGUGAUUGCAAUGAGUGCAGAGCACACAAUCAACUCGACACAAGCGAAAAUGACAAAUAACAGCUACACCGAUUACUAUCGUAAACAAGAUCAGGAACAACAGCAACAACAACAGCAAUGGCAACGGCAACAUCUACAGCUACAGCAACAGCAAAGAGAAGAGCCCAUUUCUGUAAGAGCGCAAAAACAUGCUGAGAAGCUAAGAAAAUAUGCGAGAAAAAUUGAAGCGGAAAAAUCACGUAGAUUACCAGCAUCACCAAUAUUUGUUGUAGGCAAUCGAAAUGGUGGCGCGGUAGCUGCAACCAUAGACAGCAGUAGCAGUCGGAGUGGAGAAGGCGCAAAUCCUUUCUAUGAAGGACAAAUAAACUACUACCUAGAAACCAGAGAUGAAGAGGAUACGGAGGGUACGGCAGCAACCGAGGCAAACAACAAAACCAUAGAUGGGAAUGGAGAGGGUAAAGAAAAUGCUGAUGUAGCGGGGGCAAAGCAACGAGAGGAGCGUUUGCGUGCGCAUGGAGGCAGCAUGGAGCGUAUGAUAGCAGCAGACAAUAGUAACUGGUAUCAGCGUGUAAGCCCAGUGCUGCGUAAUGGCAUUAAAGUCUUCAGCAAUGAAGGUAAACACCUGCGUGGGGAGGCGACAAGCAACCAAAAACAAAAUGUGCACAAACAGCAAAAGCAUCAGCAACAUGACGCACAGCACACACAUCAUUACGAGCGCAAUCACUACCAGCACCAACACCACCAACAUCACCAUCAACAUCAGCAUCAACAACAUCAUCGUCAGCACCCACACCCGCAUAUGCACGCAUAUAAACAACAACAACAACACCAUGGCAUACAUCAACAUCGGCGUGGUGGUAGUGGCAAUCAUCACAAGCAUCGUCAACAUGGUAAACAUUAUCAAUCAACUGACACACGCCAACUACAACAGCAACAACAUACAUCCAAUCCAUAUCAACGCAUAUUGCCGACAAGUCUACUCUCUCCACCAUCCCCACAUGCCUCAGCCACACAAGCAGCAGUGGAAAUGGGCAUGGUGCAAACGCCCAUACCACCACCUUCGUACACAAAACAGCAUCAACAACAGCAACAAACAGAAGCCGAAGCUGUUGGUAGUGGCGCGCAACAACUGGGCCAUCAGAUUACCGAAUUGGAGGAGUUAGAACGUUAUUACGCCAAAUGGCCACACUUAGCACGCGUGCAGUUCCAAGUAUAUGAUGAACAUUACCGCGAAGCACACCCCGAGCUAUAUCCAGAGAUGAAGGAUGACGCUGAUGAAGACUAUGACGAUGACUACGAGAGCGCUGCUGAGUUAGAGGAGGCACAAAAUGGUCACGACGAGGAUGCAAACUUGCCACCGUACAUCAAGAAGUACAAUCGACGGAAUAAGCAGUUACUGAAUUUGCUAGAAGGCACUCUAGCGCCACCGACUCGACCCCCACCCGCUAUUAUGCGCAGCUGGUCGAGUUCAUUGUUGCAGCCGGGACCACAUGCGAGCAGUCGGAGCGCUGGCGGCGGUGGUGGCAAUGGUGUGGGUCGAGUACGCAUCGAUGACGAUUACCUAAAAGAGAAACGCAAACGUUAUCACAAUCGUGAUAUCAGCAGCACGAGCACCAGCAGUGUAAGCGGUAGCAACAACAAUAACCGAAAAGAGGACUUAGAUCAUUAUCAAGAUUUAUUUGCCCAGCAACGACCUCCAUCAACGACAACUACAGAGAUACCAGACACACUAGCAGGUGGGUCGGCUAAUAAAGAAGAUAGCUCUGCAACGAAAAAGGUGCAGAAUAAGGCAAAUAUUCGUAGUACUGUUGAGAAGGCAGCGCAAUCAACUAACCAGCUGCCAGACGAGGAUGUUAGCAUUUCGACAGACACAGAUGCAGAUGCAGACACAGAUACAGACAUCGAUGCUUAUGCUGCCGAUGAUGCCGACGUUGACAUUUGGCCAAAGGAAAUCGAAAAUAAAUCGAAUGCAAACGAAUUGACAGGAAGCGCGCAAAUGACAUGGCAAAUCGAAAAAUUAACAACACCCAAACCAAUGCAACACUUGCCUAUAACGCCGAGCACACCAAAGCCAGCUAUUUACCGUUUGCCCUCAUAUCCUGCUAUUGCUGGCAGUUUUAUUGGAAAGCCACGCAGUCGUAGCGCACAAUUUGCGCCAAGCGGCGGCAGUCGUGGCAAACUUGCUUUUGUGGCGGCAGCGGGCGAUGACCUUCAUAGUAAUCGUUGGAGCAAUAUUUAUGGCAGAGGUGGUGGAAUAAUUGGCAAUUACGGUGGUGGAGGAGACAGCAAUGGUCUCGGUCUUGGUCUUGGCAUUGGUGGCAAUCAUCACAAAUCAUUGUCCCGCUUCAGCGCUUACAAACCGAACGCGCAUAAAGCACUAACAGCUGCAGCCGCCUUAACCGCGACGAGCACUACGGCGCCAACAUUUUUGUGGCAUGCGGCAGGUGCCGAUAUGGAUGGUAAUGGCUUGACAACCGCAGCAACAGCGAUUACGGUGACGCCGAGUGGGGGCAGUAGUAGCGACGACGGAGAUGGUGCAGAGGGUGGUGUACCGAACGGCGGAGUGGGUCGCACAAUCAGCUCCUUCGUUUAUCAUCGGGUAAUUGAUGCGUCACCGCGUCUGGUGGGUACCGGCGCCACGGGACGCAAGCAAAGAUUGCCAUUUGUGGCUAUCACCGAUCGCCGGCUGGAGACCACAAAGAAGGCGCUGCUGGAGCGACAGAAAGAUUUCGAACAGAAUCACUACCCAAUGCCUUAAAUUCACUGCACUACAAUGACUGUUGCAGCGAACGUGAACGCGACGUAGACGGAGACGGAGACGGUGACAGAUGGACAGAGAAACAGAGAGACAGCGAUAACCAGGACGAGCACAAACACUUGUGCAAGGACAGAAACGCAAGCGAAAAUUUGACACAGACAGUGAUGCAGAUAGAGACGUAAAAGAAAAUAAAAAAAUAAAAAACAAAAAAGAAGAGAAAAAUACCAAGAAAUAGCAAGUAGUAGUAAAAGAAAUCUAAGCCAAGUAAAGAGCAAACGAAUUACAGACUAAAACUGGAUCAGUAAGAAAACGCAAGCACCAUUGCACUACCGCAAAAUGCAUGAACAGCGCAACGCAGACCAAAUGCAAAAAAGCAAAAGAGCCUGCAGCUUUUACAACUCAACACAUCCACCAAACGAAGCAAAGCAACUCAAGAGUUUUCAAGUUUUUACGAAAUCGAUUUUCCUUGAUUUUGUUGACUUCGGCGCAGAAAAUUUUAGUUUUAAAUUCACUUAUGCAGCAAAUGGAUCAGCUGUUACUCAAUUGCAGUGUCAAAAGUACUGAAAAGCUCCGUAAUGGCAAAUGUAGCACUGUGGUGUUUUUUGUUUGUUUUCGCCUUUGCAUGACUCUUAAACUAUUAUGUUUUCACUUUAGACAUUUUGAACGAGCAUAUAAAUAUUUAGGAGUAGUAAAUAUGCACAUAUAGGAAAGUACAUAUUCUUCAUACAUACAUACAUACAUACAUACAUACAUGUAUUUCUACAUAUCUAUAAUUUGCUUGCAUAAAGACCAACACUUUCUUUAACACACUCUGCUGCAAAAUUAGAAGGCCAAUCACAUUUUAGUGCUCACUGCUAUACAGUAAGUGCAUAUUUCGUUUAAGAGGUUGGACACUGGAGCAGCAAAAAACUUAAAUAUAUUUGGAGCCAUUUUUUUUUUUUAAUGGGGCAGUGAAUUGCAGCAAAAUUUUGAAAAGGUUCUUUAUUGCGGAUGCCAUAAAGAGGAUAAUUUUUUAUUUUUUUCAAGUACAAAGCAAAUGACGACUGCUCAACUUUUAUGUGACGAAAUUUAUUUGUUUUUAAAUGUCACGCGACUGGAACAACUGCAAAAAAUAUUUCCGCUUAUACAUCAAUGACUGAAGUAGUUCUGAAAAUUUAACAAUUUUUGAUCAGUAACUUUUUUUAUGAACCCACCAUAAAUUUUAUUUCCAUAAUAAAUUACAAUCUAUUAGUUCGUAGCGUUUUUACCGAAGCCUUUUACUUAAACAAAUAACAUAGUUAUAUUAAUAAUUUAAUAAAUUAUAUAUUCGCCGUUGCUGUUUACAACCUCAUCCCAAAUUAUUAAUGCCGUUCUGCCAAAAACCGCCUGGUCUGGGGUCAAAGAAGUUCUUGUGCCUCUUUAUUAUCGAAGGUAAUACCCUUCAUAUGGUUUGACAGGGAGCAGAAAAGAUAGUAAUGGGGCGGUGCACGUUCCAGAGAAUACGGUGGAUGCUGAAGAACCUCCCGUUCGACUUGUGUGAUAUGGUGCCUGGCGUUGUCGUGAAGGAGUAUGGUUUGGUCUUUUCAGUCGAAUAGCCUCAUUCACGCGGUGUAGCUGAGCUCCUUGUUGACCGUGGCAUUCUUUUUGAACAUUUCCCAGUGCACCAUGCCUUCCCAGCCACACCAAACACAUAUCAUGAUCCUCUUUGGAUGAGGAUCCGGCUUGACUCUCGGCUUUUGCCUAUCUAUUGUAGCCACCCACUCUUUUCUUUGAUUCAUUUCUAUGUAUAGGCACCAUUUCUCAUCUCCCGCGACGAUUCGGUACAAAAAGCGCUGUUUAUGAUCGCGUGUUGCUCGAUGGCGGGCGAGACGCAGAGAAACAAUUUGAAGGCGAUUUUUUUCUGUUCUUUUAGUUGAGCUCGUGAGAGACCCAGGCUCCUAAUUUUUUUAUAAAUCCCAUUGAAUGAAGGUGAUUGAGCAUCGUUUUAUGAUUGCAGUUUAUUUUUUCCGCCAAUUCAUAACUGGUUUGGCGACCGUUCUGCUUCAAAAGUGGUUUGAGACGUUCUUGAUUGAAUUCGGAAGACCUUUUUCUGCGGGACGUGUCAUCGUCGUGUAAGUUGCCAUUUUUGCCUCGAUGAAAAGCAAAGAAGAGCAGGUGUUCAAAAUGGUAUAUUUUUGCAUCCUAGGAAUUCUAUUUCUAUGCCAUAAAACUAAUAAAAAUUAAAUAACUCAAAAAUAAAAUUAACAUAAUUUUGUAGAGCAGAAAAAAUUCUAUCGAAUGAAUACUUACCGUUUGCCAAACAGCAAACAAAGCGUUGUAAAAUAAAAGAAAAAAGAAAAUAUAAAAACACUAUGAACUUAUUCCCCUACUUAAUAUUUUUAUUAAAAGUACGUAAUUGGUGUAAGGGGUUUGAGUUAAAAUGACCCUUCCCCUUGCAAGAGAGCAUUAUUGGCUUUAGUGGUAUUAAGUUAUAAUUUUUCCAAUGCAGCAUUGAUUUCUACAAUUAUAUUUAUAUUAAAAUAUGAGCAAGA